AGCGCCAGCGCUCUCCCCGGAUUGUGCGGGGCCCGAACCUCUCCGCCGGCGCAGGCUCCGCUCGCGCCAGCUCGCUCCCGCCGCCAUGUCUGCCACCGUCGAGCGGGAGUUUGAGGAGUUGGAUGCUCAGAAUCGCUGGCAGCAGCUGUAUUUGGAAAUUCGCAAUGAGUCCCAUGACUAUCCUCAUAGAGUGGCCAAGUUUCCAGAAAACAGAAAUCGAAACAGAUACAGAGAUGUAAGCCCAUAUGAUCACAGUCGUGUUAAGCUGCAAAAUGCUGAAAAUGAUUAUAUAAAUGCCAGUUUAGUUGAUAUAGAAGAGGCGCAAAGGAGUUACAUCUUAACACAGGGUCCACUUCCUAAUACAGGUUGCCAUUUCUGGCUCAUGGUUUGGCAGCAAAAAACCAAAGCAGUUGUCAUGCUAAACCGAGUUGUGGAGAAGGAAUCGGUUAAAUGUGCACAGUACUGGCCGACAAAAGAUGAUCGAGAGAUGCUGUUUAAAGAAACAGGAUUCAGUGUGAAGUUCUUGUCAGAAGAUGUGAAGUCAUAUUAUACAGUACAUCUACUGCAGUUAGAAAAUAUCAAUAGUGGUGAAACCAGAACAAUAUCUCACUUUCAUUAUACUACCUGGCCAGAUUUUGGAGUCCCUGAAUCACCAGCUUCAUUUCUCAAUUUCUUAUUUAAAGUGAGAGAGUCUGGUUCCUUGAAUCCUGAACACGGGCCUGCAGUGAUCCACUGCAGCGCGGGCAUUGGGCGGUCAGGCACCUUUUCUCUAGUAGAUACCUGUCUUGUUCUGAUGGAAAAAGGAGAUGAUAUUAACAUUAAACAACUGUUACUGAAUAUGAGGAAAUAUCGAAUGGGACUUAUUCAGACACCAGAUCAACUCAGAUUUUCAUAUAUGACUAUAAUAGAAGGAGGAAAAUUUAUAAAGGGAGAUUCAAAUAUACAGAAACGGUGGAAAGAACUUUCUAAGGAAGACUUAUGUCCUGCUUUUGAUCAUUCACCAACCAAAAUAAUGACUGAAAAAUACAAUGGUAAUAGGAUAGGCCUAGAAGAAGAAAAACUGACAGGUGACAGAUACACAGGACUAUCCUCUAAAAUGCAGGGUACUGCGGAGGAGAACAGCGAGAGUGUUCUACGGAAACGAAUUCGAGAAGACAGAAAAGCUAACACGGCCCAGAAGGUGCAGCAGAUGAAACAGAGGCUAAAUGAGACUGAACGAAAAAGGAAAAGGUGGUUAUAUUGGCAACCUAUUCUCACUAAGAUGGGGUUUGUGUCAUUCAUUUUGGUGGGUGCUUUUGUUGGCUGGACACUGUUGUUUCAGCAGAAUGUCCUAUAAACAAGCUGUUCUGCCCAGCGAGCUGCUGCGCUAGUAGCUGACAGUGUUGCAUUAGUCACAAGGGUCUGUCUGUUAGCAAGCUCCUCGCACCCCAGAAACAGUGCGGUAAGAAUAGACACCAACCAGACAAGUGAUCUAUUCAGUCCCCAGCCCAACAUCUCAGGGCAUUGUCCCCAAACUGUAAACGGCUAUCUGAAAUAAAGACUUGAAUGCUUGUUGAAAACUGGUACAUUUUGCAACUGAAUUCAUACACGUUAAGCGUACUAUUUCACCUGACCAGACCGAGAAAUCCUUUACCACAAGGAUUUGUUUUUGGAGGCUCUCUGGAUUUUAACCUGCACUUGAUACAAGCAAUAAAUAUUGUGGUUUUAUCUACAUUAUUACUGGAAAGAAGAUGAACUUGAAAUAAUGCGUGUAAUGUAUAAUGUACUGUUGACAUGGGCAUCGACAUUUUAUAUUCUUAACCAUUUCAGGGUAAAUAUAUUUUAUAAGUAUUUAAUCUUACUUUUGUAGUUAAAUGUACUUUUUAAAAACUCAAUUUGAGAAAUCUGUUACCAUGAAAAAAUAAAUUGUGUGUUGAAUCAAUUGUACUGAAUACAUUUUCCUAAAGAGAAGUUUGAUACGAGCAGUUAGAACUAACUCUGAAUAAGCAAUUUUUACUAUAUAUUUGCAUUUCUUUGAUGUUUUACAGUUUCCCCAAUUUUAAAAAGAAAAACAAACAAAAAUUUUCCCUAAAAAUAUCUUUGAAGGAAAAUUCUCCUUAAUGGCAUAGUCAGGUAACAUUUGGUCAAAACUUUGUAAAGAAAUUGGUUUCUGUAAAGCCCAUGAUGAAUACUGUUUAAUUUUCAUGAAAAUUUCAGUGUAAUUACCCUAAUUUAUAAUUGGGGCAAAUCUUGACUUAGGAAAUAAAAAUAAGGAGCAGCAUUUUAUUAUCCGUGAUUUCAGUUUACUAGACUGAAGUUUUGAAGUAAAAAUUUUCAAGUUCUUUCUACUUCAAUAAAUAGUAUGAUGAUGUACAAACCUGACCUUGUCCCUUUAACUUCUUAAUGGGUAUUUUAAUUUAAAACAUAUUGUUUGAUGAACUUAACUGCUCAUUUGAGUGCUAGCCUUCUUCAGAUCCCAACAUUCCAUUCAGUGUUUGACUUAUUUAACUUAAACUUUAAAUAGUUGUUAUAAAUUUAAUUGCUGAUAUAAUAAAAUCACAUUAUUUCAGUGGUUUUCAAGCUAUGCUCAUUGGAUUUCUGAGAGGUCUCUGAGAGGUGGUUGGAAGGGCUCCAAGCUACCAGCCUUUACUUUCAACCAGCCCGUCUAUGCUUUAUCUAUUUUAUAUGCUACGUAUGAUCUCUGUUGAGGUGUAAACAUUUUAAGGGGACGGUUACAAUUUUAAAAACAGUUUGAAAACCAUUUGUAUAGAUAGGUAUUUUGAAUUGAUAUGAGUAGCCUUCUUGAAUGUGUUAAAUUAUGCUGAAAGCCUGAAAGCAGGAUGUAGGUGGUACUACAUAUUAAAUCAGAUUUGCAUAACUUGUGCCUGUGUCCUAAUUCAGUAUUACUCUGUCCUGUAACCUUUAAAUGGAGAGGAGGUAAGAGGGACUUUUUUUUUUUCCCCAAUGUCUGUCUGCAUUAAACCUGUGUUCAGGUACCAGGACCCGUCAUUAUUGGUUUCAAACCUUUCUAAUUUGCCUUGGUUUAUAUUUGCUAAAGUACAGUGUAUUAGUCUGCAAGUCAAAUAUGGAUAGAUCAUACUAAAUUGCCAAUUGAGGAUAGCCUUGUCUUAAAAAGGGAAAGACUUCUUACAGGAAACAAAUGCUGGUUAGUGAUGCACAUUGCCCCUUUGCAAGGUAAAUGUGCUUCACUGGAUUUAGGAUUUUAGCUUUGCUUUUUGUCUGCUUUCUGUCCUUCAAGUGGUGUUUGUUGUAAUAUAUCCGAACAGUCAUAUUCAGUGAAGUAAACAUUUGUUGAUAAACUUCUGCAAGUGUUACGCCUCUUUCAACCUUUCAAACAGAUCCUGAAGGAUAAUGUUGAGUUUUUACCACUAAUAAUAUUUUUGGUGGGUUCCAUAUACUAAUUAUUAAAAAUACAUGGCAAUGUGGUGUGGUGCCCGGGGUCAUCAUCCUGACCCUUUAUUAAACGAGGAAGGCCACAGACAAGGGCUCCUGCCUUCUCAGGUAACAGCCAGAGGACAAAGUGAGCAAUCCACGAUAGAUUCUACAUUUUACAAAAUUUGUGUAUGCUUAGGUCUUCCUAAUGUUUUCUAAAUAUAAUAAUUUUAAAAGUCAAUUGUGUAGUUUGAUUUUAAUGAGGCAGUAUUAUUUUUUGAAUAGGUUAAGGAAGAACAGAUUUUUUUUAAAAGCCAGAGGCUUUAUUAUUUUUAAGAAAGGGUAUUUAUAUCAAUAAAUAGUGUAUUCGUGUUCACAUCUGUCUCCUGAUAAACCGACAGCAGUCUUUGAUUUAGUGCCAUCUUCUCUGGCUAUACCAGCUGGUUGUGCACUUGUCUCUGAGGUUAGCUAAGUAUUUUAUGCUGGUCUGUUAGCAGUUUUCGUCUGUGCUUGCAUAUAUACAACAUGUACGAAUACAAUGCUCCAUUGUUCAGCUUAUCCAUAUAUAAAAUAAAAAUAAUACCUUUUCUUGAAUUCUUACAUGGCUAAAAAAAAGUAAUGUGUAAAAAAUGUAUAGAGAACUUUAGAAUAAUAUAAAGAUCAUUCCUCAUGUUUAGGGGUAUUUUAUAUAUGUGCUUUGUCCUUUUCCUAUUCUAUCUUCAAAUGAAUACUGACUGUGUAUUAAUAUUUUUACCAAGAAAUGAACAAGAGAAAGGAAAUAAAGUGUUUUUUUUUUCUAAAUAGCUCUGCUUUACAGGUAUGUGUAAGAAGGAACUGUAACUCUUAAUUUUAUGUAUACUUAUGCUUGUCCCCUUCAUUUUAAAUAAACUAGAAUUGAUGGUAUGAAUCAAAAAAACAUGUAUUGGUUUGAAAAGUAGUUUAUGAUACGGAGCAGUCCUCUACUUCUUAUAUCAAGUCCUUUGCUUUCAGUGUCAAUUCACAGUAGUGGUGGUUACCAUUUAUUGAUCAUUUACUAUGUGCCAGGCCCUGUGUUAAUGAGCACUCUCAUAGAUUACCCUGUUUAAUCCGUACAACAAGCUUUUGAGGUAGGUGUUGUUAUUCUUAAGCCAUAAUGAGCCUGAGGCUGGACAUUUCUACAGUGUUUUAUGCUUCUGUCAUUGAGAAGUCUCCUAUAUGUGGUCUAUUGUAGAAUUAGAUUAUUCUCAAAGAAAGACUUAAUGCUCUGCAAGUCAUUUCCCUCUUAGAAAAAUACGUCUGACUAGAUUCUAUGUAAAUAGCCACAGGCCAGAAGCUGAUUAAAUUAGAAAUUGUCAUUAACCUUUGUGUACUCUAUUUCAACAAGUACCUACGUCUCCGAAGUGCCUGCCUGGUUAUUGUGCAGAUUUUAAAAUCUAGUCUGCCUUAAUUUUACCUUCAGACACAAAACUUAACAGAGGUUUUAUUUUAAUCUAGUCUGUCAUAAGCCUAAUGCCAUUAUGUGUAUCAUCCGCUUUUUCCUGAGUUCAGGCAGAAGCCUAGGAAGCACACCUGCUGUAAACACUGAUUUAUUUUUUGUCCAGCGGUCCAUGUGGGUUUGUUAGGGGGGUGGGUGGUAAGGAGCAAGGGUGUGACUCUUGGAAUCUGUUGCCGCCCAGGGUGGGGGAAGCCGAGGUCCAACUUGGUGCAGUGAUCCUGGUCAAACUAAAUGCAUUUAGUUCAACGCAUUUGUACUAAUUUGUACUAAAUGCAUUUAGUAGAAAUAGUUCCUAUUUCUACGUCAGGAGCUAAUUAAGUCUCUCUUACUUUAAGAAACCUUUAAUUUGGCCUUGACUUAUUCAGAGGCUCGGGGCACAGAAUCUUACAAAUAAAAUUUUGAAGGUAAUAUUCUUCCACAUGACAGUACUAAGUUCUCCUGACUUCAUAUGCAGGUCUUGCUCAUUCCCUGGCUGAUUUAUUCUGGAGUUGACCUGUCCCUUUCAUCUUUUUCCCUAGUUCAUUUGUUUGGAUUUGAUUCCAUUUCUUCUUACACUCAUUUUCAAACCACUAUUUAUAGGACAUUAUCACCACCAGCCUCUGCAAGAGAAAAUGACUAUUUUAGAACUUCCAGCUCUCUCUCGUUCCAUGGGAUAUGUUACAUAUAAGUGACGACACGCCUUCAUGGGAAGAAACUCAGGUUGUGUAAGCUGCGUAGCACCUGCUCUACCCGGGAAUCCCCAGUCCAGAUCGUGCACACUUUAGGCUAUUUUCCACGUACUCGCCAUAAUAUAGUCAUUUCAUGGUUCACCCAGAUUUGACUAUUUAAGCUUUGAAUUUAGAAUUUUUAAGGUACUCAUUUUCUUGGGUAGUGUUUGAAAGAACAGACUUCUGGGAACAUGGUAUGAGUUUGGACAUCUCAUUUUUCCCUUACCAGCAGGAAUUUUCUCGAUAUUUACCCCAUUCAGAUUCCUCCAAGAACAGCCAGUUCUGCACAGGUGCUUUUCCUCAACACUCUUCAGAGAAGUGGUUAUCUCCUUUGGCUACUAAAUUCUGGAAACUUCUUUGGGGAGAAUUUUUUUCCUCACUGUCAUUUAUUCCAUCACAGAGCAUUGCUGAGUGGAAGUGGUGCAUCAGACGAGAAGCUUUUACUUGGGUUGAAAGGCUUUUGUCUUUAUCAGUGACAACCUGACAAGAGGUUUUCAAGAGCUCUGACGAUCUCUGUGAAGUCCACUGGGAGAAUGAAAAGUUCAGUCUUUGGAACUCUUUCUGUUUUGGUUUUAUAAUGUACAGUGGACUAUGGAAAUUAUAGGAUAUAGUGGCGACCUUACUUAUGGAGUCCAGUACUGUCUGGUUUUUCAUUACAUAGUGUAUUUUGGGGAGCUGUAAGGAGAAUUGCAUGGGAAUUUAUAUGGAGACCAUUUCUUAAAAGCCUCAAUUCUUUAUUGUUGCUCUAAUUAGACAGAUUUUGUAGACAUGGUGGUGUUGGUAUUUCAAAUUACUACCAUAAAAAAACAAGUUACUGUGAGUUUGGUAAAUUCAAGAGAGGGAAACUAGAUGUUUGUUUUGUCUAUAAGGCAAACUUUACAGGAGGUUUUAUGAUUCUUUUCAGUAAAAAAAAAAAAAAAUAGUAUGAGUAUCGGUGGCAAGGACUAGUCUGGGUGCAGUUUGACUUUCUAUUAUUUCAGGUGUAGAGCUGACUUGGGAAGAUCAUUCUGUCUGUAAAGCUGGCUCCGUUCCAGAGCAAGGGCAGUGGGCAGUAUAUGCAGGCAGCUUCUCCAGAGAGAGCGGCAAACAUGGCUCUUUAUUCCACUUAAUUUCUUUGAAUCCGUUUUAUUUUGAUACGUUGAACAAAUGAUUCAAGUGAACAUACUUCUUCCAGGUGUAAAUCCCGUUUGUCUUUCGUCUUGCAAAUAAAUACAUUUUUUAAAAACAGUGAACACU